GGCUUAAAGUUAAGCUAGAAAUGGCAAAAUUCUUACAAAAUACGCUCGAAGAAUCAGUAACAGUAAUCAAGAAAAAUGACACCACAAGAACAUCCAGUGUAGAAGAAUUUGUUCAAUUUAUGAAAACAAUCCGCAACAAUGCUGAAAUGCCAGAGACAUCUCAAAUUUUGAAAUUUUGUAAAUUAUUUGAAGACGACCUGACGAUGGAUGGACUAAACAGGGACCAGCUGAUAGCAAUUUGUCGUCUUUUGGACAUGUCGACCCUCAUCAAUCCAACCUCGACUGUCCCACUCCUCCGAUUCCGACUGGGCAUUAAGCUCCGAAUGCUGAAAGCCGACGACAAAGUACUCCCAACUGACCAAUUCAGAUGAUCCAAUUAGAAGGAGUAGAAAGUCUCACUUCAGCAGAAUUGGUCUCCGCUUGUAAAGCCAGAGGAAUGCGAGUGUUUGGACUGAGGGAAGAACGACUCAAACAACAACUCCAACAGUGGCUGGACCUCCAUAUUGACCACCAAGUCCCUGCUUCUCUCAUGUUGUUGUCGAGUGCGCUCUACGUUCCUCCAAAUUUACCUGUUGAAGAGAAAUUGAAGAAAACAAUUCUUUCCCUUGAC